ACCGUAUCUUGGAGCUCAUCUUGUUUGGCCGAGGGUACUUGAACCCGGUCCCGACGUUCCAGCCGCCCUUUUACGGACGCACGCCGCUCAGCGACGUCGUCGACGGAGUCCAAGCGAACUCCUCGAGGCUCUUCCGAGACGAAGACGCCUGGCGUGCUGGAGAUCCACGUGGGUUCCGCGCGUAUUUUUUGAAAGCGACUUAGGGUUGGAAGACCACUAUGCCGAAGGGAGUGAAGGGAAAGGGAGGCAAGAACCGCCGCAGGGGCAAGAACGAGGGUGACGAGAAGCGCGAGCUCAUCUUCAAGGAGGACGGCCAGGAGUACGCGCAGGUCCUGCGCAUGCUCGGGAACGGCCGUCUGGAGGCGCAGUGCAUCGACGGCGUGAAGCGCCUCUGCCACAUUCGCGGCAAGAUGCGCAAGAAGGUUUGGGUGAACACGGGCGACAUCGUCCUCCUCGGCCUCCGCGACUACCAGGACGAGAAGGCGGACGUCAUCCUCAAGUACCUCGCGGACGAGGCCCGUUCCCUUAAGGCCUACGGUGAGCUUCCCGAGUCCAUCCGCGUCAACGAAACCGACACCUUCGAGGAGGAGCGCGAUGAGAACGACGACUUCUUCGACUUCGACGACGUGGACGCAAUCUAAGUUGGGGGGGCGCGGCGCCGUCGCCUUCGAGACGAGCGAAGAUGCGAAGAAUUAUAUUCCGAGUCCGGAGGCGACGCCAUUGGAAGAUGUGAAUCACGAAAUUCGUGUACAGUUUGUAAUGCGACGUCCGAUUGGGAUGUC